AUGAUGAGGAAGCUGUUUGCUCUGAUAAUAGCCGCCCACGACGUCUCAGUCUCUUGCAGUACCAGUUGCGUAUUGUAUAACGGUGCUCUUCAAUCUGUGUUAACGAACUCUCAACUCUCAAAGGCAGCCCUCGUUUUCGUAGGGUACACAAUAUGUUUGAGGAAAAGCUUCACAGGACCCAUCCAAUAUUAA